CGCAAUUUUUUGAGGUUAGGAAAUCGACCAUAUGACAUUUUGGGAGUGUUGACAGUGUUGACACUUGUGUUGUCAUUCAUUUAAAUUUUAAUUACAAAAAAAAUACAGUCUCAUUAUUGAAAAAUGACACGACAUGCCAGAAAUUGUACUGCAGGUGCAGUUUACACUUAUCAUGAAAAAAAGAAAGAUGCGAAUGCAUCUGGCUAUGGAACAAACUCUCAAAGAGUUGGCAAGGAUUCUCUAAAGAAUUUUGAUUGCUGCUGUUUAACACUGCAACCCUGUCGAAUUCCUGUCAUCACAAAAGAUGGUUAUUUAUUCGAUAAGGAGGCCAUUUUGGAGUAUAUUCUAACAAAAAAGAAGGAAUACUCGAGGCAAAUGAGGGAAUAUGAGAAGCAAAGUCAAAAAAAGCAGGAGGAAGUACAAGAGAAAACGGCUAACGAAGAAUUGGAGAAACUGAAAAAAUUCCUCAAUGGCGAGAAAAAUAUUGUUUCGCAAAAUUUAUUGAAAAAAAGGGAAGAGGCAUCGACAUCAAUUUCAAAUAUGAGCAAUGGUCAGGACAAGGUACUUCCGAGUUUUUGGAUUCCAGCAAAAACGCCAGAAUCCAAGGAGAUUGCACUUCAGAAACCUGAUAAAACAAUAUACUGUCCAAUUAGUGGGAAAAUAUUAAAAGUCAAAGAUCUAAUUCCUGUAAAAUUCACCGAGGUCAACGAUCCCGAUGAUAAACGUGCAAUUAUUGUCAAAGAAGCGAGAUACAUGUGUCCAAUUACACACGAUGUUCUAAAUAAUAGCGUACCUUGUGCAGUUUUAAAAACAACAGGCGAUAUUGUAACGAUGGAAUGCGUUGAGAAACUGUUAAAAAAGGAUUGGAUUAAUCCUUUGGAUAAUUCAAAACUUACGGAAAGUGAUAUAAUUCCUCUCCAAAGGGGCGCUACUGGAUAUUCGGCUGUAAAUGAUAAUUUAGAAGGAAAACACGAGAGACCAGUUUUACAAGCGUAAACGAUGCUUUGUAAUUAUAUAAAAAUAUCUACGAAAUAUCUUUCGAAAAAUAUCUACGAUUCGCCUUAAUUAAGAAAGAAAUAGCGACCAAUUUUCAUAAUUAAAAAAUUAGAUUUUAGUUUUAUAAUGAUUUUUCUCUAAAUUAUUAUUUAACACUAAUACUUUUUACUAUGUCCUUUUACUUAGCCAAUUAAUCAGAUAUUUCAAUUUUCAACGAAAAUAAUUGAGUAAAAAUUUUAAAAAAUAAUUAUUCUUUAUAAUUAUACUUCUUUAUAAUUUAAUAAGUUUUUUCUAAUGUAAUUAUAUUCGUGUAAAUUAGAAUUAUUCAUAUUAAUUCUUCUAAACUAGUAUUACUUCAAAGAGGGCAAACUUUAUCUUUUCUUUUCUGUAGAAACUUUAUAUUAGAAAUAACCAAAAAAGAUUUCUCUUUUAAGAAAUAUCAAUCAUUGAAUGUACAAUUUAAUCAAAAUAUUAAUUAUUAUCACCGAAAUUUAAUACUAAUUAAAUAUUUUCGAUUCUGACCUGUUAAUUUUACCCCUGUUUUACUUUUGUCAUCAUUCGUCAUUUGCAAUGCGCCAUCACCUGAAAUUCAAAUAAAAAUAGAAGAUUAAAAAUAAAUAAUUAUAUCUA